UGCUCGGCGUCUCAUUCCAGCACGGUCAAGCCGCCGGGAGGGGGUUUUGUUGAGCAGCUCUACAGUAACCAUUUCAUACUGAACUCUAGCGUUAUUUAUAUUUAGCAAUUGUCGUUAUUUUAUUUAUUUGAAAUAGACGAGUAGUUAAAUUUACCAGUAGCUGUUAUACCAAGGCGGAACUUUUUACAAAAAGGGGAAAAUCGUCGUACUUUCAGCUGAAGAGCUAACCGUGCUAACAAAGAAAAUCCUUUCUCUUCAAAAAUAAUCUCCACUACUCUCUUUAGUUAUGAGUCAUGUGGUCGUCGAUAAUCCACACGGUCUAGAUCAGCAGCUUGCUGCCCUAGACUUGAACUCGGCUGACGGACAGGGCGGAGGAACCGGCAGGCGUUACAUUCCGCCUCAUUUGAGGAACAAAGAUGCAGGCAAAAGUGAUUCUCCUGGAUGGGACGGUGGCCGUACCAAUGGAUAUGUGAAUGGUUACCACGACAACCGUUCCAACGGGGGCUUUGGAGGACGUGGACCCCCACGCAACGAUAGAGGUUUUGGAAAUUACGACAAUAAAGACGGGGGAUGGGGAGGCGCUCAAAGAGAUGCUGCGUACAGCAGUUUUGGAGGACGCAAUGAUCGAUCCAGGUCUAACUACUUCAAUGAUCGUGGGACAGGCUCAAGAGGGCGAUAUGAGCGUGGAGGUUACUCAGGGGGAGCAGGGGGAAACAGCCGGUGGGUAGAAGAAUCCAGAGAAGAAGACUGGUCUAAACCCACUGCCCGCAAUGAACGCUUGGAACACGAGCUUUUCUCUGGAAGUAAUACUGGGAUCAACUUUGAGAAAUAUGAUGACAUUCCUGUGGAGGCCACUGGAAAUAACUGCCCUCAACACAUUGAUAGUUUCAAUGACGUGGACAUGGGUGAGAUUAUAAUGGGCAACAUCACACUCAGUCGCUACACUCGACCCACACCAGUUCAGAAACAUGCUAUCCCAAUCAUCAAGGGCAAAAGAGAUCUGAUGGCCUGUGCCCAGACAGGCUCUGGUAAGACUGCAGCCUUCUUGUUGCCAGUGUUGAGUCAGAUUUACACAGAUGGCCCUGGAGAUGCUCUUCAGGCAUCAAAAAACAGUGGGCAGGAGAAUGGAAGGUAUGGCCGCCGUAAGCAGUACCCUAUCUCUCUGGUCCUUGCCCCAACCAGAGAAUUGGCUUUGCAGAUCUAUGAUGAAGCACGCAAGUUUGCGUAUCGCUCCCGUGUACGUCCCUGUGUUGUAUAUGGUGGAGCAGACAUUGGUCAGCAAAUCAGGGACUUGGAGAGGGGCUGCCACCUGCUGGUUGCCACCCCAGGACGUUUGGUAGAUAUGAUGGAAAGAGGCAAAAUUGGCCUGGACUACUGCAACUUUUUGGUCCUGGAUGAGGCUGACCGCAUGUUGGAUAUGGGUUUUGAGCCCCAGAUCAGACGCAUUGUGGAACAGGACACUAUGCCACCAAAAGGGAUCCGCCAAACUAUGAUGUUUAGCGCCACCUUUCCAAAGGAAAUUCAGAUCCUAGCUCGAGAUUUCCUGGACGACUAUAUUUUCCUGGCAGUUGGCAGAGUUGGUUCAACUUCAGAAAACAUCACUCAGAAAGUUGUCUGGGUGGAGGAGAUCGAUAAGAGGUCCUUCCUCCUUGAUCUUCUUAAUGCCACAGUUAUUCCCAGUGAGGUUCAGGAAAAUGUGACAGAGCCCCCGGAGAAGCCUGGUAAAGAUUCCUUGACCCUGGUUUUUGUGGAAACAAAGAAAGGGGCUGAUGCCCUGGAAGACUACCUCUAUCGGGAGGGCUAUGCUUGCACCAGUAUCCAUGGCGACCGCUCCCAGAAAGACAGAGAGGAGGCGCUGCACCAGUUCCGAUCUGGGCGCUGCCCCAUCUUGGUGGCUACAGCGGUGGCAGCCAGAGGUCUGGACAUCAGCAAUGUAAAACAUGUGAUCAACUUUGACUUGCCAAGUGACAUUGAGGAAUACGUCCAUCGUAUUGGCCGUACAGGACGUGUGGGCAAUCUGGGUCUGGCCACGUCGUUCUUUAACGACAAAAACAGCAAUAUUACCAAAGAUUUAUUGGACAUCUUGGUGGAAGCCAAGCAGGAGGUGCCCUCCUGGCUGGAGAGCCUGGCCUAUGAGCACCAGCACAAGAGCAACAAUCGCGGACGUUCCAAGAGGUUCUCUGGGGGCUUUGGAGCCAGAGAUUACCGUCAGACGCCUGGUUCAGGAGGCUUCAGCAGUAACCGCACAGGACGAAACACUGGAGGCCAUGGAGGGAACCGCGGCUUUGGAGGAGGUGGAUUUGGUGGUGGCAACUUCUACAGCAGUGACGGCUAUGGAGGAAAUUACAGCCACUCUGGUAGUGUGGAUUGGUGGGGCAACUAGUCGCCAUAGGAAUAGGUUGCCUUGUCAACCAACCAAAUGGAAACCACAUGUUAACUUUCGCCAGACACAACAACCUUCCCUGUGUAGCUUCACUGACACACAGUACAUUACCAACCCUGGGUCUCUGCCAUUCCUCCUGUCCCACACGGGAAGUGCAGCGCGCCGCACACAUGUACCAGCACGUGGCGGGCACGGGACAGCGCAGAGGCGUGCACACCUCAGAGUGAGCAUGGAUGCUGACAUACAUGCAUUGUCCGAUAGCAACCUCGGACUUUCAUUGUUUUAAGUAUUUUUGUUCUUUUUGUGGAAAAAAACAAUCGAAUAACCAGAGGAUCAUUUGUAUGUUAAUGUACUGUGCCUUUUGAAUUUAAACAGGAAAUCUGUUUUCAUUUCACCAGAUGAACAUGGCCAAGAGUUCUAAAUUUGUUUUUAUUUUAUUUCAUAAAAACUAAGUAAAAUAACCUUGGACUUAAUCAAACCUUGGCAAAUACUUGGGUUUUGUGGCUUCAGUGUCACAAUUCCAUUUGAACUCAAAUUUACUGCACAAACAUGUAGCUUUUUUCUCUUUUAUUUACAGUUGGAACAGUUUUUUGAGCUAUUGCUGUUAACUAUAAUUUGGGCCACUGUGUUAAGCAACUGUAUUUUAAUCCUCGAGGACAAGGUUACUUUUGUUUGGCUCACUCUAUCCUGGACAGGCUCCAUUUUAAAUGGGUUUGGGAGUCUUUAAAAUAGCCAUUCCUGUGAUUUAUCUUAAAACACAGAAGUCAUUAAGCUCAGUGCCAACACUCGCUGAGGAUCCAAAAGAAUUGAUGCUGGAACAUGUUACUCCGCAGUUCUGUUUGACUUGACAGUGUUAAGGCAGCUAGUAUGUUCGAAGUGCUAGCUACAUUAAGUGGGUGGUGUUUUUGUGUUAAUUUUUACUUGAGACAUUAUGGUGCAGGCAUGUGUGCAAAAUGUAAAAAUGGAAGUUUGUUUUUCCUCUUGAAAUAUCUAAGUAAAAAUGCCUGCCAUCUUGAAAGCAAGGGUUCAAAAUGACUGGACAAAGGACCACAGCAUCAGGAAGGCCGCACUGUGGUGAGCAUUACUGAAUCUGCACUACCACGAGGCCCAGAUGGUAUUCUACGCUUGCAAGUGUUUUGUUUUUUGGUCAAGACGGAAGGACAAGUGAACUGAGUCGCAGGCUUAACUUAAUUACAAACGUUUUCUCUUUUCAAGCUGCGUUGGAGGCAGGGUCAUCUGAAGAGACAGGCAUUUGGUCACUGAGGUUUACCAAUUGAACUUAAGAGGAGCGGGGGCAGCACUCUGGUGGGUGGGACGGGAUCGGCUCAGGUAGCGGUUUGAAGUGCACCGCCUUGUCAGUGGCUUAGGUUUUCAGUACUGUGUAUUUGACCUCUGGAGGUCUUUGGGGUUCAGGCUGGACCACUUCUAGAGACUAGAGUACUGUCAGAUCUCCAGAAGUUUGUGUUGAAAUCCACUAGGCUCUGGUGUAGCGAAGCCAGAGGCUGUUGAGACGGGGCGUUUAACAUUGGCGCUCCAGUUUUCUUCUGGAGUGUUGUGCCUUGAACUUUUCUAAGAAUUUGAGCUAUACGCGGAUGCACUGACAGUGACGAGAACUUGAGAAUGAAUGGUGCUACUUGAUUUUGGUGUGUAGGCCCUUGUUUCAUUGUGCCCAUCGAGUUUUACAGUUCUUUUAUUGCACAUCUAGAGUUUUAUAUGGAUGUCUUUGAAUAUGUGUCCUUAAGCUUCCAAAUAUUGUGUGUGAGGAGUUUGUGGAGAAACGCAGCUUGUUUACAAAAGGGGAAGGGUUCUCAAACCAGGAUUUAUUUGGGACCAGGGGAUUUAGCAGUUGGGAAUUUAGCCAUUUGCACAGAUUUCUAGAUUCUACUUUUGCUGCUAGUUUUGUGUAAUUUAUUAAGCAUUUUUGACAAAUAUUUAUUUUUGUAAGCCUCAAAGUGAUUCUUUGAAAGUUUCAGAAACUUGACCAAAAGACAUUACAAAAACACUGGCACUUGAAUGUUGAAUGUCACCUGUAUGCGUGAAAUUUCUAUUUCGGGGUAGUGUGAGCUUUUUAAAUGUUAAAAUACAUGCGACUCAAAGUAUCCACAGCUGUGUCAGGGCCUUAUCAAGGCGUCUGUCAUCUCGAUUAGAUAAAUAAUUGGUGAGCAAAAAUUUUACUGAACAAAUCUGCCAAGGUUUGGAAUAAAGCUUUCAAAAGCGACUAAAUUUCCUAAGCAUAUCAGUGCAGAAGUGUGACGAUUCUCCAAAUGUGUGCAUUAAUGUUUGAUUCUCUAAUUUGACCUGAAUUUUUUCCAGUGAAUGUCUGGCACAUGGCAAUCCUUAAAGUAACAAACAUGUGGUUAAUUCUCAUUGUUGUAUUUGCAUAUAUGAAAGCUGUGGGUUCUGGUUCAAUGUGGAGCGGGCUUAUCUUGUUCCACAUUUAUUCGAGAACCCAACGCUCUUUAGAUGUAGACUUUGCUUUCUGUAUUAGCUUCUAGGCUACUGCACUGCAUGGGAAAUUCUCAGCUGUGCAAUUGUAUGAUUUUACCAAAAUAAAAAUGUUUGAAUGCAAAAUGAUCUGGCAAAAUCAAGCAUGUUUUCUGAAUACAUGUUUACUGUAGUCGUGCAGAGGAUACCUGUAGCAAGCGGUCUGUUGCCUGGUAAAUGGAGGGCACACAGACUGCUGAAUUCAAUUUGGUAUGGAUUGGAUGGGCUUCUUUUUGAACUAUAAAAUUUUCAUUUAUACACUCAAA